AUGGGUGAUGCGGCAGGCGGCACCCAAGCGAGCGGCCUCACAGCGGCGGAGAGGGCGAGGUCAUUGGACGAGGCCGGCAAUACCCAGGAAGCUGCCGUUCUGUACAAGGAACACAUCGCCUGCGCUAGGAGGACCCUGCAAGCGCCGAGCCUGUCCAAUACGGUGCGUAAGCUCCUCUCGGACAGCAUCGAGGAAUGUCAGAAGAGGGUCACGGAGAUUGUAUUUCGGCAGAGUGGGGGGGGAGGGUUGCCGGACUACUUGGCGGAUCUUCCGGAGGCACCGGCAACCAAGCCUGUCACGCAGCUCUCUACCGACGCCGGAGUAUUGAGAGGUGCCAGCAGGGCACCAGCAGCAGAGGGAGCGCUCUCAAGCAGGGUAUAUGCGAAGGUGGAUGAAGAUGAGAAAAAAGGGGACAGCGCACUAACCACGGCGACGGGGUUAGAUGAACAGGGACGGAGGACGGGGUGGGCACAGGCUGGGGCUAAGGAUAAGGCGUUGGCUGCUUACAGCCAGGCGGCAGAGCACUAUUUCGCGGCGGUGAUGACGCUGGAGCGGCAGACUGGGGGGGGAGACGACAAGGACAGCGGCGCAAAGGCCAUCGAGGCGAGGCUGACGAGGAAACAGUCAGACGUGCUUUCGAGGGCGAAGGCUCUCAAGGCUCUCAAGGCUCUCAAGGGGGUUGUGAAGGCUACGCAAGCCACCCCGACGCAGCAGCAGCAGCAGCAGCCUGGGGAGUCAGUCGGCCGUCCAAGAUCAGCGGUGAGAUCAUCCCAAGGUACCCUGUCGUCGGAGGAGGUCGAGGUUCUCAAGGAAAGCGCCAUGGUUAACGGGAAGCUCUUCCUCCCUUGGGUAGCGGAAGACCUGAAGGAAAAGUUCGAUUUUGACAAGCCGUGGGAGGAUCCGGACGGCCGUCUUCGGCUCUCGGGACGUCUGCGGGUAAACCUCACUGGGUGGAAGCGACCGUCGGAAGUGAUGCCGGGAACGCCCCACAUGAUCGGCAACUUGGACCCUUUCAGCAUCCGGCAGAACCUCGUCACGGACAGCAGCCUAGUGGCGUCCCUGUGCGUUGCUUCGGCCUAUGAGCGGCGGUUCGACAAGCAGCUCAUCACCGGCAUCAUAUUUCCACAGGACGAACGCGGGAUGCCGGUGUACAAUCCUGCGGGCAAGUAUAUCGUGAAGCUCAACGUGAACGGAAUGGCUAUAAAGGUUGUCGUGGAUGACCUGCUCCCGACGGGUGACAGUGGUCGGCUCUUGUGCGCCGCCUCGGCGGACAAGUCGGAGCUGUGGGUCAGCAUCGUAGAGAAGGCGUAUCUCAAGGUUAACGGCGGCUACGACUUUCCUGGAAGCAACUCCGGUAUCGACCUCUUCGCGCUGACCGGAUGGAUACCGGAACAGGUUGGGGUUUCGCCGUAA